GUUCCCGACUCCGCUGAGAUUGCAAUUGGAAACUUUGCGCUUUGUGUUGGUUUUUGUCUCCCUUGGGGAAGCUGGACGGCAGUUCGGCAGGCCCCGUGCGUGGCCAGGACCGCACACUGGGGGCCAUGGAGUUCACGGCGUCGCCCAAGCCACAGCUCUCCUCCCGGGCCAACGCCUUCUCCAUCGCCGCGCUUAUGUCGAGCGGCGGCUCUAAGGAGAAGGAAGCCGCCGAGAACACCAUCAAACCACUUGAACAAUUUGUUGAGAAGUCCUCCUGUGCCCAGCCCCUGGGUGAACUGACCAGCCUGGAUGCUCACGGGGAGUUUGCCGGCGGCGGCAGCAGUGGCAGCCCCUCCUCCUCCUCUCUGUGUACUGAGCCACUGAUCCCCACCACCCCCAUCAUCCCCAGUGAGGAAAUGGCCAAAAUUGCCUGCAGCCUGGAGACGAAGGAGCUCUGGGACAAAUUCCACGAGCUGGGAACAGAGAUGAUCAUCACCAAGUCGGGCAGGAGGAUGUUUCCCACCAUUCGAGUAUCCUUUUCUGGCGUGGAUCCUGAGGCCAAGUACAUAGUCCUGAUGGACAUCGUCCCCGUGGACAACAAGAGGUACCGCUACGCCUACCACCGGUCUUCCUGGCUCGUGGCUGGCAAGGCAGACCCACCACUGCCAGCCAGACCAAAGUUUACCAGUCAGUUGUUCCUAACCAGAAGAAAUAAUACUGGACAGUAUCAUUUGAUCUCCACAAUGGCAAGAUAUAUACAUUAUCUAAAGCUGUAUGUACACCCAGAUUCUCCUUUUACUGGUGAGCAGCUACUCAAGCAGAUGGUGUCUUUUGAAAAGGUGAAACUCACCAACAAUGAACUAGAUCAGCAUGGCCAUAUAAUUUUGAACUCCAUGCACAAGUACCAGCCGCGGGUGCACAUCAUUAAGAAGAAAGACCACACAGCCUCGUUGCUCAAUCUGAAGUCUGAAGAAUUCAGAACAUUCAUCUUUCCAGAGACCGUUUUCACAGCAGUCACUGCCUACCAGAACCAACUGAUAACCAAGCUGAAAAUAGAUAGCAACCCUUUUGCCAAAGGAUUCCGGGACUCCUCCAGGCUCACUGACAUUGAGAGGGAAAGUGUGGAGAGCCUGAUCCAAAAGCAUUCCUAUGCCCGCUCACCCAUCCGUACCUAUGGAGGAGAAGAUGAUGUGCUGGGGGAUGAGGUUCAGACAACACAGAAUCGAGGGUCGGCCUUUACGACAUCUGAUAAUUUGUCCCUCAGCUCCUGGGUCUCUUCUUCUUCCACUUUUCCUGGAUUUCAGCAUCCCCAGUCCCUCGCUGCUCUCGGCACCAGCACAGCAUCCAUAGCGACACCCAUUCCUCACCCUAUACAGGGCUCUUUGCCACCGUACAGCCGACUUGGGGUGCCUCUGACCCCGUCGGCCAUUGCCGGCUCCAUGCAGGGGAGCGGCCCGACAUUCCCCUCCUUCCACAUGCCCCGGUAUCAUCACUACUUUCAGCAGGGGCCUUAUGCUGCUAUCCAAGGACUGCGCCAUUCCUCCGCGGUGAUGACACCGUUUGUAUGACUCUUCUAAACCUAGGAGAAUCCAGAUCCAGAAUGUGCAAAUGGGUAUGAAAUGUGGGAG